AUGGCCGUGAAGGGCAAGGGGGUGGCCCGCCAGCUUGAACGGGCCAUCCCCGACCCUCAGGCCGAGGCUGAGGGUGAGAUCGUGGUAGGGGUGGUGGAAGAGGCUGAGGCUGAGGCUGAGGGCGAGGGAGAUAUAAUGGAGCCUGUUCUUGACACCAUACAAGGCAACUACUGCAACCCAGAAGCAAUACUGGAAUCUAUAUUGUUUACGAUCUACUAA